GCCUCUGGUUUUUGAGAGCCAAAACCCCCCCUCUCCUUCGCCCCCUCCUUCCCCUUCUUCCCCUCUGUGAACGCAAAGACCUUCGAAUUCCAGGAAAAAAACAUAUACCCAACAACCCCCUGAUUUUGUACCAUUCAAUUGUAAAUCUUAGAAAACUAAAAAAACCAAUCAAAUUCAUGUUAUUUCUGUACAAUACAUGGAGGUUUUUGUGUAAAUCACGAGGUGGAGCUGUUUUUGUUCUUCCGUGUUCCAUUUAAGGGGAAGAAUCUGAAAGGAUUUGGUUGUUGGGUUUUGUUUAGAUCGCUAUCUCGGCCUGCAUUGUUCAGAUCUAUCUGAAUUCGGAUUUCAUUGAAUCUGGGUUUAUUUGUAGCUGAUUCUUUUUUUGGAUCUGUUGGCUGAGGUUUUCAAGUUUUUGAUUUGUUUUUUCAAUUCGGUGUUUGCGAGAGAGAAGGAAUGUGUAAAAUGGUGAUGAUCUGAUUGUAUUCUUUUCUUGGGGUUUUCGCCAUUGAUAUCAAUUAAUCGGAUUCUUAGAAUUUUGGGAGGUAGGUGCUUAAGAUCUCGAGGAAACUUUGCAGAUUUUAGCUGUUGCAAUGCUUGUAAUGUGCCUUAAUCUCUGAGGAGGACAAGAAUCGGUGUAUUUUGUUUCUUUGAGGUUUGAAUUUGAAGAUGGAUUCCUUAGCUUCGAUCAGCGAAGAGCUUGCAGAUAUCGAGGGGCAAAUCAAUGAUAUUCUCCGAGCUUUGUCAAAUGGAUUUCAGAAGUUGGAGAAGAUUAAGGACACAAAUAGGCGGAGUAGACAAUUGGAAGAGUUGACUGAUAAGAUGCGAGAAUGUAAGAGGCUUAUUAAAGAUUUCGAUCGAGAAGUCAAGGAUUUGGAAGGCGGGAAUGACUCGAACACUAAUAAAAUGCUUAGUGAGAGGAAGCAGGCUAUGAUCAAAGAGUUGAACUCAUAUGUUGCCCUUAAAAAGCAACAUGCAAGCACUCUCGAUAACAAGCGUAUCGAUCUCUUUGAUGGACCUGGUGAAAAUUAUGGGGAAGAAAAUGUGUUGCUAGCCUCAAAUAUGACAAAUCAACAAUUGGUUGAUAGGGGAAACAAAAUGAUGGAUGAGACUGAUGAAGCAAUUGAGAGGUCUAAAAAGGUAGUUCAAGAGACGGUGAACGUAGGAACAGAGACAGCAGCUGCUCUGAAGGCGCAGACGGAGCAAAUGAGCAGGAUAGUGAACGAGCUCGACUCAAUACAUUUCUCACUGAAGAAAGCCUCAAAACUGGUGAAAGAAUUAGGGAGACAAAUUGCAACUGAUAAGUGUAUAAUGGCCCUCCUCUUCAUUAUUGUCCUUGGUGUCAUUGCCAUUAUCAUAGUCAAGCUGGUGAAUCCAAAUAACAAGGACAUUCAGGACAUCCCGGGGCUGGCACCGCCUGCCCAGAGCCGAAAACUGCUAUGGAAUUCCGGUUAAAACCCCGAGUUACAAAGAAGAAUCAUCGUCCAUAUCCCGAAACUUACUCGAUCUUCUGGGAAUGCUGUGCACAAUUAGGUAGCUACUCACAUUGUUCUAGCCUUUUGUAGCUUGUGAGAUAAUAAGCUGUAGGGGCUGAAUGAAUGAAGGAAGGAUAGGCAAAGCAGCAUAGGGGGCACAGCCAAGCCAGGUUCUUUCCUAUGCCUGCAACUGACAUUCAUUCUCAUUGUCUCUUGUCCUGUCCUGUCCUGUCCUGUUGAGAUUUUAUUGAUUUUUAUGCUUGGUCUUGUCUGUAUAAAUCUUAAUCACUCAUAUAUUCUAUCAUUUUACAUUUAUGUUUGGGGAUUUAUUAUUAUUAUUUAUGUUAUUGUCA